AUGGGCUUUGCCUUUGCCGGGAGUUUACAGCCGACACUCUUGGCCAGAGCACUUUAUGACAACCACCCAGACUGCUCCUACGAGCUGGCUUUCUGCAGAGGAGACAUCUUGACCAUUCUGGAACAAAACGUGCCAGAAAGCGAGGGCUGGUGGAAGUGUUUGCUCCAUGGAAGGCAAGGUCUGGCCCCUGCCAACCGCCUCCAAAUCCUCCCUGAGGCCCCCGCUGACAGGCCCUGUCCGCCUUUCCUGAGAGGCCUGGAGGAAGCUCUCGCCAACUCCGAGGAGACCUACCAGGUACCCACCCUGCUCAAGCCCCCAACUCCAGGCCCCGUAUAUGAGCACAUGAAGGGCUGGGUAGAGGGGCCUCCACCCACCACCGCGCAAGUCUACGAAUUCCCUGACCCACCUGCCCACGCCAGAAUCGUCUGUGAAAAGACUCUAAGCUUUCCGAAACAGGCCCUCUUCACCAUCCCCAGACCUGCUUGGGCCUCGUUGCCAAUGCUGCCUUCCCAGGUGUAUGAUGUACCGGCCCAGAGCCGGGGUCCCCCAGCCCUGAAGGAGCCAGAGAAGAAGCUGUUAUAUGAUAUACCCCCCAGCCCCCAAAAGGCAGGACUUGGUCCCUUGGCCAGCCAACCACAUGGGCGGAGUGCUCCCCUGGUGUCGGCAAUCGCCGUGAGGCGAGGCAGCUACAACACGUUACCAAGCCUCCAGAAAUCAGAAUGGAUUUAUGACACACCAGUGUCUCCAGAAAAAGCCAAUGGCAGAAAUGCAUCUUUGAGCAGCUUUGUGGAAGAAUCAGAGCCCCACACUCCGCCCAGGUAUAUGUCCAGCUUCCAGGAUCCUCCAAACAGCAGAGCAAGGUCCCUCUAUCCGCACCUGCAUAAAAAUGUGCCCAUGCAGAAAAAACUCAGCCUUCCAGAAAUUGCUUCUUAUAAAUCCCUGGCACCCAGGGACACAUUUCCCUUGGACGAGGGCACUGGUUACAAGGUGCCUUCAAGCUUUCUGAACCCCCGGGUGGAACAGAAGAACACCAAGCCAAACAUUUAUGACAUCCCUAAAGCGAUGCCGAGCGGCCCCCUGGCUGUGAAGGAGCUGGGGAGAGUCAAGGGGGCUCCGGAGAAUGCCCCGGACCGCAGCUCCUCGUGGUUCUCCGGCCAGGCCCCCUCGCCGUCUCCGGAACCGGACAGGUUGUCCGUUUCCAGUUCUGACAGCAGAGCCAGCGUUGUCUCCUCAUGCUCCUCCUUGUCCACGGACUCCUCGUCUAGCUCCUGCUCGGAGGAGUCAGGAAAGGAGCUCUCCUUGGACCCGGACUUGGCCAGAGAGACGGUAGCAGCUCUGCAGCACGAGGUGGCCAGUUCUGUCGCCAGCCUGAUGCUCUUCGUCAGCAGGAAGUGGAGGUUCAGAGACUAUCUGGAGGCCAACCUCAGCGCCAUCCGCAGCGCCGCUGACCGCGUGGAAGAAGCUUUGAGAGCAUUCCUGGGUUUUGCCCGCGGGGUCCGUGGGACUGCCUGUAACCUCAGCGACACUAACCUUCAGGCCAGAAUUAGGGACCAGCUACAGACCAUCUCCAAUUCCUACCAGAUCCUGCUUGGAACAAAGGAAAACCUGGAUAGCUGCAAUUGGUCCUUGGAAGUCCUCGUGACGGACAAAGUCCAAAACAGCCUGGAUGACCUCGAGAGAUUUGUCAUGGUGGCGCGGAUGGUUCCAGAAGACAUCAAGAGGUUUGCCUCCAUUGUCAUUGCCAAUGGGAAGCUCCUUUUCAAGCAGAACUGUGAAAAGGAAGAUACCUUGCAAAUGACCCCCAAUGCACAACUGAAGCUUGCAAAAUGCAUCCAGCUUCCCCAAACGGAAAUUGAAUCAUACCAAAGAAGUGCUCCUUUUAAUGAACAAAAGGAAGGUGAACACUCCCCUGAGCUACUAAAGAAAAACGGGACAAUUAGCUGUGAACUGAAUCCUAGCUCCCCCAUCCCACAGCCUUUGAGUCAGCAGAAUCCCGAGAAGAGAUUCCACCUUUCUGAACACUGCCGGCUCUAUUUUGGGGCGCUCUUCAAAGCCAUCGGCGUGUUUAACAGCAGCCUCAGCAACAGCCAGCCCCCCGAGAUCUUCAUCACGCAGAGCAAGCUGGUCAUCAUGGUGGGGCAGAAGCUGGUGGACACGCUGUGCAAAGAGACACAGGAGAGGGACGUGCGCAACGAGAUUCUCUGUGGCAGCAAUCACCUUUGCAGCCUGCUCAAGAACCUCGCGUUGGCCACCAAGCACGCCGUGCUCAAGUACCCCUGCCCUGCAGCCCUGGGGCACCUCCAGGCCGAGGCCCAGAAGCUGGAGCAACACACUCGGCAAUUCAGAGGGAUGUUGGAAUGA